CAGGAGGGAGCAGCUUGAGCUCUGUGUCUAUGAGCUGCAGCCCGCACGACUGCAGCUUAAUGUGGAUGAGACACACAACCUGUCUGCUUUGGAUUUUGAUUUCUGUGAACGUGUCGGUAUAAUGCCGCUGCUGCUGCUGCUGCUGCUGAGGACGCGCAGCUGAAACGUGAAUCUCGCGGAUCCAGCCGGUGUGAGAGGAGAGGUGAACGCACCUUGCAUCCAGCCAUGGGGGGUCAAAUCACCAGGAACACCCUCUACGAUUCUCUGAACGGCCCUUUUCCCAUCACGUCCCACCGAUGUCACCACAAACCAAAGCGCUGCCUUCCCAUCCAGCGAUGCAGGAGUUUGUCCUCCUUCCCUCUGCUCUUCCACCCCAGUACCAAAGGCUCACAGAUCGUCAUGGACAUGUCUCAGAGGACCGUCAAGAGACAGGCCAGCUUCUGCAACGCUAUCACCUUCAGCAACAGGCCUAUCGCUGUGUACGAGCAGGUUCGCUUAAAGAUCACCAAGAAACAGUGCUGCUGGAGCGGCGCCCUGCGUCUUGGUUUCACAACCAAAGAUCCAUCCAGGAUCAACCCAGACACCUUGCCGAAGUAUGCCUGCCCCGACCUCGUCUCUCAGAGCGGCUUCUGGGCCAAAGCCCUGCCGGAAGAACUCUCAAAUGAGGGCAACAUCAUCUCCUUCUGGGUGGACAAGAAGGGCCGGGUGUUUUACCGAAUCAACGAAUCCAGCCCAAUGGUUUUCUUCUGCGGGGUGCACGUCUCUGAACCUCUGUGGGCUCUCAUAGACGUCUACGGCCUCACCAGAGGGGUCCAGCUCUUAGACAGUGAGAUGGUCCCGCUGGACUGCAUGCGUCCUCAUUCUUUCACUGCCGCCCACCGGGCCUCCAUUCAGAGAAACGCUGAUGACCCACGUCUUUCCAUCAGCCUGUGUGACCUCAGCCUGCAGCAGCAGGAGGCAAAUCUGGAUGAAGAUGAUGAGGAAGAAGAACGGCUACAACCCCUGAGCUCCUCCUCCUGCCAUGUGCCCCAAAACUCUCAAAACUCACAGCAGUGUUCGUUGCUGCCCAGCCAUUUAGACAAUGAUCUGCACUUCCACUCGGUGCAUGGCGUACAUGUUACGGCGCUGGAUAAGCACACGGUGGCGAGGCUUGAUCACCGUGGCGACGAGAGGACCCUGGUGUUCACCAGCCGCCCAAUGCGCUGCUCAGAGACUGUGUUUGUGAAGGUGAAGGCGGGCGUCACACGGCCAGGGUGUCUUUCUUACGGUGUGACAUCAUGUGACCCUGCCACCCUGAGGCAGAGUGAUCUCCCUUCUAAUCCAGACUCCCUGGUUGACCGCAAGGAAUUCUGGGCCGUGUGUAGGGUGGGGAUGCCGCUACACAAUGGAGACAUCUUGGGCUUUGUGGUGAACGCAGAAGGGGAAGUCAUGUUGAGCCACAAUGGUAUCAGUGCAGGGAUGCAGCUGUGUGUCGACAACUCGAGGCCUCUCUGGAUGUUCUACGGUCUGCACGGCACCAUCACACAACUCAGGAUCUUAGGCUCAUCUUCACACCCAGACCUCCGAGGCCCCUCGGUUCCCAGCUCCCCAUCCUGUACACCCAACACCCCCACAAUGUUUUGCAGCGGCAACUCCGAGGCCAACCUGAACAUGAACAUCAACCUCAAUUCAAGCCUAAAUGCCAACUACAACGCAGUCUUUUCUUCCUCUACAGGUACAACCUCAAGCUCUCCAUUCUCCAGCCAGCCAGAUUCCCCAACCUUUCUAUCCAGCUCAGGCUCUUGGAGUGACGAAUGCACCAUUUGCUACGAGAAUGUGGUGGACACCGUCCUCUAUGCCUGUGGACACAUGUGUCUCUGCUACACCUGUGGCCUAAAGCUAAAGAAGAUGGCCAAUGCAUGCUGUCCCAUCUGCAGGAGGACAAUCAAAGAUAUCAUCAAGACUUACCGGAGUACAUAGGACUGUGCAAGAAAACGGUCAGGUUCAGCUCAAGAGGUUGUCAAAGCCAUUUAGAACUUUUUAAAGGAAGACACAGCACAAGUGAAAGCCCCACUUGAAAUCUGGCUCAGGUAUGCUACAGCAGGACUUUAACUCAGUCAUUUAAACAUUUUAUAUAAGUAAUGUCUAAUCGCAUCCUCGAAAAGCUCACAGUAGUUCCUACCAGAGACCCAAGCAAUGAGAUUUAUCAGUCCAUGGAAACAGUGUGAUUCUUGGAAACGAAAUAUGUGCUACUUCAAUUAAUUGCAGAAAGGACCAAAAACACUUUGACCUAAUGUUGUAUCGUCCAGGGACUCUGAUCUGUGUGUCUAUGGAAUAGAGAGUAAUCCGAAGAGACAUUUGACCUAUUUCUUUCAGAACAAGGGAUGCUAGCUCAUGCACAAAUGCAGGCAAAAUUUGUAUCUCGUGCUUAGAAUUGCCAGGUGGGGUGAACCACGUAUACUUCUUGGCCAAUGGUUGAGGAGUAUGCUUUGCCGGGUAAAGUUCAACCUGGUUGAACUCCAGACAACGUGAUGCAUAUUUUCUUUGAAAACAGAGUUAAUGGUUUUUAUUGGUUCCUUCACUCGUAUGGAUUGGAAAACAACAGAAGCGAUUAGUCUCCAAUGUUAUUAUGUUUGGGAUGAGAUGAAAAAGAAAUAAGAUAAUAAUACCUUUGGUUUAAAUGGCUGCUUGCCAGAUAUUUCUGGGUUUAAAGUGUCAUUACAAGUAGGAAUCAAUCUUCUCAGUUUCCAAUUCAGAGAGAAAGUUAAGAUAGUUUUGUUUGAGUUUUUCUAGAGGGCAGUGAGGAAUGAGGAAAAGGACGACAUGUUUUCUGUGCAGAAACUUGGUAACACUUAAAUUCAGAGAGAACUCUCCUACAAAUAAAACACAAAAUAAUGACUAAACCUAAUGGAAAAUUAAAUCCUUAAAGGAUGUGUAAUAAAUGAAGUGUUUUACCAGAUUACCCUCUGCCUGCUGUGGUAGUUCUGUUAACUUCAGGCACGGUGAGAUUGUGCUAAGGAUGAGUGUUGUCACCAUAGAAGGUCACACUCGCAGUUGAAUGAGCAUUUGAAUCAGUGAUGAGGGAGCGAGGGAGGAGGUCGGAGAGAGGAUGUCGUAUGUUUGGGAUGGAGACAGGGGAGGAAGGGCCACUUUUGCUAUGCGUCUGCUCAUCGUUUCACACUAAGAACGUGUUUGCUCACUCCUGCACUGCAGAUACAUGAGAAGAUUGUCUUUAAGCCUGUAAAAUGAGAGACUUGCAUGGUUUGCAUCUCCUUAUUCUUGGCAGACAUCCCAGCCAUCUCUGGCUGCAGUAACUGGAUACAAAUCUUUCAAAUUAACAUCGGUGGGCAGAGGAGUAUUUUUAAAACGCUGAAAAAAAAGCACAUAUACGGAUAAAAUCAAACUUGUUCUCAUUGCAAGAAACCACCAUUAUGAUACAGGUGGCUUUUGUAUCUUCAGGUUUUACAUGUCUCUUUCAUAUGUACUUUAAAUAAGAAUAUUUGCUUUCAGUUAUGAUGUGUAUCAGUUCACCGUGGAAAAUUUACGCGUGUGCUGUCAGUGACAAACAUGUAGCUUGCUAUUGUGGGACAUUGUGAAAAUUACUUUGCAUAUCAGUUUCUGAGUGCUGCUCUCAGUCAGUAAAAGCAUACACCAAGGACAUUUUCAGUUCUCAUGCAUUAUGUACUGCUUUUGAAUCAUUAAGAAGCUAUUUUCAGGUGUUAUUUUGGACUUGCUGAACAUUACUCAAUCUGUGAAGUAGUAAGUGCUGAUUUGUCGCUUUUAAAAGGUGUUGAAGCUUGUCAUCUCGCCACUUUGGAGGGAGAAUUAAGCAGUUAAGUUGUACAAAUUUGAGUAUCUUGUGUGCCUUUUGAAGAGAAGUCUGGACAAAUGCUGGUGUGUGAAAGGCUCCUCACUGUGAAAACCAGGAGGAACUCUGAGGUUCAUAUUCAUCUAAAAAGUCACUGUGGUUGGGAUGUAAGCAGGUGUAACCACACAACCUACCAACGCUAAGCUGUCAUGUCUGACUAAGAAACAAACCUUUUUAGUGUGCUUAAUAUCAGUGCGUGAAUUGAUUCACUGCUGAGAUUAAAUGUUUAAGUACUGCCUUUUUCCUUCUGUCACUCAGUUUUUAAUACUGGAACAUUUUGCUCAGCCCUUAAAAGUUUUACCUUUUUUUUUUCGUCCUCUGACCAAAUAUGACUUACAGUAUAAAAUUGUAAAGGAUUUUUGAUAGACAAAUGAUAUUGAUUGUGUGUAAGAUUACCUGUACAUUAGGUUUAUUUAUUUUGUCAAUGUUACUAUUAAAAAAGUAUCACUGUUUGUUUUUCUAUGUAUGGCUACAGCGUCCAAAAAGUGGGAUAUUGUUUAUUUCAUUGUUGUAUAAUUAAAGGUUGAAGAUAAUCCCCUUUUCUGCUCACAAUCUGUCCGUUUAUUUUAAGCGAAAAUAAUAGUUUGACAUUUUCGAAAAUAUGCUUCAUUACUUGCUAAGGAGGAGAGAAUGUAACAUGUAAUUUUUAUGCUGCUUACAAUCAAAUGCAACAAAAUUUAUUUUUGAAAUAAUGAUGUAACAAGUUUUUUUCUGAUUUGAGUUUUUCAAACUUUUGAUACUGCUGAUGUACGCCAGCUUAUAGUGAGGUAUUUCAAAUUACAGAAUUAAAAUACUUAUUAUUAAUAGGGCAAUUACAUAUUUUUAACAAUCCAUCAAAUAACACUUGGAUAACAGCUUGACAAUGUUAAAAGAUAUACAUUUGCAGAGAUCUAUCACCUGAGUCGUCUAUCUCGACAGGAAACAAAAGUCACAGCUAGCAACUAGCUUAAUGUAGUUGAGCACCGACUAGCUAAAGAGCAUGAUUUAGCUCAGGAAAAACCACAAAAAGAGCCUAAAAAGAGUGUUUAUUGGACUUAUAUUCAUCAGGUGGAUAGACAAGACACAAUAGGAGCACUAACGACAACAGCUUGCUAACAAGUUAGCAAUUUCAACUCAAAAACGCUUAGUCAUUCAGAGUAAAGGUUUUGUUAAGAAUUUUUUAUCUUCUAUUAAUUUCCUUCUCGUAUCUUUUUACAAAUAUGAAGCUCAGCCGCUGGCUAAUGUAAAUAGGUUAAUGUAAUUAAGCUGCACAAUAGAUAAUAGCCCUCUAAAGCUCUCAGUUAUGUCUUGGAGUCUCUGUUUUGGUCAACUAUACAGGUCCCAGCCAAAAAUAUGUUAUUGUUUUACACCAAAUCUGGAAAUGUUCUUUAAAAGUGGGUUUGAAAGUGAGAUAUUCAGCCUUAAACACUAUGAUUAAAAUAAAGUUUUAAACAUAUUGUAACCUUUGAAUCAGAGGCUAAUUUGCUGGCUGAAGCAACUGACUGGACAAAAUGGAAAGUGGCGUCUUUUAAUCUCCUACCAAAAGUGAAUAUUAGCAUAUUCCCCAGGGUGUCAAACUUUGAAGCCAUUGGGCUAAAUAUGGUGUUACAAGGGAAUAAAAUAUUUCAUGUUGGCACACCAAUUCGUAAAAUGAAGAUUGUCUUGUGCAUUUUUAAAUUAUAUCUUAAAAUGUGUGUGAAGCAAUCUGUUUUUUUUCAAAAUGUUAACCAUUCUGAAGCCUGUUUUUCAAAUGUGACCAAAUAUUUUUAGUCACUAUAAUGGACAACAAUAUCAAAUUUUAACUCCAAUUUUCUCUGCUUGGGAUUUAUUUCAUUGUGAAAUUCUCAGUUCAGUUUGAAAAAUAAAGUGUAGUCUUAA